AUGCCACUCAGACACAGACGGAGGGUUCUCCACGUUCUGGUCCUGUUGGCCCUCCUGGUGACCGAGCUCCGGGCGGGGGGAGGGAGGAAGAAGGGGGAGAGGAAAGGGAAGGGGAACAAGAACGCGCGAUGUAAGCGGUUCCACUACGUACAGACCAUCAGACAUCCCACACUGGACUGCGAAGUACAGAACGUCCUGAUGGCGAGGUGUGAGGGUGCCUGCCGCCGGGCCUCCAGAACGGACCCCAUCAUAGAGUUCUCUCCCAUCCUCAGACAUCCGUUUCAGUACAGGAGACAGAGCUGCCAGGCGAAACUGUCGAAGCUAAAGGCGGUGAGGUUAAAGUGCACGGACGGUACCUUCGUCACGGCCACUUACAGAUAUAUCACCAAGUGCGCCUGCGCGGCCUGUCCACCAGACUUCACGCUUCCCUAACGGAGAUUGGAACUUCCAGGAAUUUUACAUCCGGGAACUUCCAGGAACUUUGCAUCCGGGAACUUCCAGGAACUUUGCAUCCGGGAAAUUGCUUCCAAAAAUUUUGCAUACCGGAACUUUGCAUCGGGGGAAUUUUCAUCCGGGAACUUUGCAUCCGGGGACUUUGCAUCCGAGAACUUUGCAUCCGGAAACUUUACAUCCUGGAACUUUGCAUCCGGGAACUUUGCAUCCGGGAAACUUUGCGUCCGGGAAGCGUUUGCUUCUUCCAUGAUAAAUAAACAAGCAGAGUUGAAACUACCAACAAUAUUGCUUCGCUCCAGAGGCGUUGCCAAAAAUUGUGGUGCGAGCGCGAACAGUCACACACCGCAGCACAUUGCAAUUGAUUGUAGAGGGCACGAAAAAAAAACGCCCACAAAAAGGUCUACUGAUUGUGCUUGUGGGAAAACUUUGCGGUAUCGCCGAAUCUGAGGGUCGGUUUGCAACGUACGGCAAAGUGUCGACUUUGAACGUCUUGAAGACUGACUUUGACAACGUGCACAAGAGGGCGAACAGUUUAUACGUAACUUGUAGCAAGAGACCUUGCCGCGUUCAAUAUUUACAGCUGGAGAGGGGAUUGUUUUAAUGUAAAUACUUCUAAAAUAUUGUGACUCUGAGAAUCGGAAGACUGCUUUCAUUGGAUGUACAUGACGUUGUAUGUAUAAAGAGAAAGAACACGCACAGAUUGUGAAGGUUUAACUGUAUCUGUUACAUAUAUACGUACAUACAAUUGUAUUAUAAGUCAAAUAACAUGUUCUGAUAUUAUAUAUACAUAUAAGUGUAAACAUGUAACGAUCGCACAGAAUAGAGAUCAAGAAAUCUUAAUAACCAAACGGUUAAAAUAGCUUAAAUUUAGACAUUCUAGUUCCGUGUCUACGCUAUAUACACAUGAAGAUAUGUGCCUCAAGACGUCGAGUUGUAAGAACAUAAAACGCCACAGUGAACUAAAGCUGCAUCUAUCGUAGUCGUGUAUGUGCAUUUUACAAUGGACAACUUACUAUACACAGUACUAAGUAUCUUGAAUGUGAAAAUGACAUUUGUAUCACGUUAGAGACAGAAAAAUCUCACAUAAAAGAAAACUCCAGACAAUAAAAUCAAAUAAAUGUUUCUGGUGAUAAAUUCGAGUCAAACUUUACUUUCUUAUACUUGUACGCAAUUUCCCAUGGUUUCUCUUCGUACAAUGUUGGUAUCUUUUUCAGCAGAACUGGCAGUGAAAGCUGAAUAAAUACGUUAACUCUAAACUUAGGUACUGGUAAUUGCCACACAAUUGUAUUAAAUGGGGGUCCAUAUAAUACAUGUACUACCAUGUACGUCACUAUACUAUAUACAGUUGAUUACUGAUGUUGUGGUAGCUCUCCGUUCUGUAGAAAUCUUU